AUGGAAGAUUGGAGCUCGCUUGUAAGAGUUGCAUGCAGAGUGGAGGGAGACUUAUGGGCGGCCCUCGGAACCCUCUCCAUCCGGGCGUCCAGCCAGCUGACCUCUCAUAUUAUUUGUGAGGCGUUGAACCCCCCUGCUAGAGGGCUCGAUGACAAGUCUUGUCUUUCGUGUCCUGCCAUCAGAUGGGCGAAUGAGCUGGCAGCCAGAUGUAAUGAUGACGCUCAACCUGACAACCAACUGGCUUUAACACAAUCAGGAAACGAAGGGGGAAAAACAAAAGAGAUGGGCAAGGACGGCAGAAACUAUUGCUGA